AUGCUUUUUCAAGUCAUCGUAACUCUACUUGUAUAUGCAUCCCAAAGUCAGGUAAAUAUUUUUAAACAGUGUCCAUUCCGAGUAACAAACCGGUUUCAGGCAUUUCAUCAUAAACUUACAAAAGGAGAAUUGGCCCAUACUUUUGGUGUAGAACAUGUUGAUCAUGUUCCCGAAUAUGACCUGAUCCGGGCCAAAAGACAUGUGAUUGAUGAUGAGAGGAAGAGGAUCGAGUUCAAGGCUUGGAACAAGACUUAUAUGCUCGAUCUCCAAAUUAAUAAAAAGCUUUUAAGCCCACAUUUGGUAUGUUUUACUCCAAGAGUACAAAAUUGUCAUCAUUUUUUUUACGUUUUUCAGAUCUCAGUAAUCCGUGAUGUAAAUAGUUCUGUUGAAUACGAAGGUCUGCCCACUCUGGAUCAGUCCUGUCAUUAUAUUGGCCAUGUUGUUGACGACAAUCAUAAAGCUGCCAUAUCUGACUGCAAAAGGCUUCAAGGAGUGGUUGUAACCGAUCAACAUUUCUUGGUCUUGCAAUCUAUCCCGGAGAGAUUACAAAAACAACAUGUAAGUUUGGAUAAAUCUUAUAUGAGAGAGUGUUUUAGGGGCCUCAUGUUGUGUAUAAGAGGGAAUCCGGCCUCAUAAAUCCACUUGAACAUCUUACCGAAUUCUCUGAAGACACGAAAGCAGAAGUCUCAGAAGAACAUGGAGAGUUCUGUGAUGUUAAUAGUAUCACCGGAGACAUCUCCAACGAGAGUCAUGCAGUGGAUCGGUUUCUUUACUUAAAUUACACCAUUCCAUCCGAGGCCAAACUGGAUUCAUUAUUUAUUUUCCCUCAAUUGGAUCCGAUUACUUUAGAAAUCGGACUGUUCCUGGACUCUGCUUUGUAUGAGCACUUCAAACGCGAGUUUACGGCGGAUCCAGAUAAACAUCUGACCGAGUUCUCAUUGGCCUUGAUCAACAAUGUCCACGUCUUAUAUCAGCAACCGACCUUAUCUCCGAACCUGGAUAUUGUCAUUGUUCGCUUCGAAAUGUGGAAGAGCCAGCCGGUAUCUUAUCCAUUUACAAUUUAAAAAAAUAUUGUAGCCUAACCUGGCCUCCCAUUUACAUAAAAAUGGCCAAGCCCAGACUUUGUUGGAUUCGUUUUGCCGCCAUCAGGCCCGAAUUAAUCCAGGGACGGAUCUCACAGAUCCCGGACAUUGGGAUCACGGUGUUUUGUUGACUGGGUAAGGCUCUUUAACACAAUAAUAUUGUUCAAGAUAUGACAUCUACCACACCACUCCGUCCGUGGCUGGUGUUGCUCCGGUUGCCAGGAUGUGCGAUGAUCUGUUUGCCUGCAGUUUGGUCGAAGGAUUACAUCUCGGUCGAUCUUUUGUUUUGGCCCAUGAGAUGGGACAUAAGUAAGAAGCAGCGCCUUUUCUUGUGCAAUAAUUUAUCUACCUUGAGUCACGUGUUGCUUUAGUAUGGGGAUGGUCCAUGAUGGAGUCCAGAAUCAAUGUGGGCGGAGUUGUUGUCUAAUGUCCGCUGUAAAUGGAGCUGGAAAGACGACAUGGAGUGAAUGUUCGGUCAGGGAAUUCAAUGCAUUUAUGUUACAGUUAGAGUAAGCUUGAUGAAUCAUGAUUUAUUACUGGUUUUAGUGAAAGUGGACGGGGUAAUUGCCUUCGGGAUCCAGCCGAGAGCAUCACCAGUCACGACCAUCUGAGAGAUGGACGAUUGCCGGGACAAAGAUUUACUGCAGACCAGCAAUGUUCCUAUUUCUGGGGUCGCGAUUACCAAGUCGAGAUCCCGAAUGGUCGUAAUAUGGAGGAUAUUUGUCGUAUUCUAUGGUGCGGAAACAGUGGAUCCACCAUUUCGACGGCUCAUCCAGCUUUGGAAGGCAGUUGGUGUGGGGGCGAGAAAGUGAGUCGGAGUAAAAAAAUUCACUUAUGUUUGGAGUUUGUAGUGGUGUCAAGAAGGUCAAUGUCAGUUCUGGAAAGGGCUUUCCCCACAGCCAGUGGUCGUUCAUGGGGACUGGUCUCAAUGGUCCUCGGGUGACAAACAAUGUGCAAUUACUCCUUGUCAGGUGACGGGAAGUAUUGCUGUGAAUGCACAACUGAGAACAUGCACCAAUCCAGCGUAGGUGUUAUCAAAAAAAAAAUAACAUUAAUAACAGUUGCAUGACAAUCACAUAAAAAUAUUUUUUAGACCUAAUAACGGAGGCCGGCAAUGUUCUGGAGCCAAUAUCAGAGGUCUUGUUUGUGGAUCAACCAAAUCAGAAUGCAAGGGGUUAACGCAAAAGGAAUACUCUGACCACAUCUGUUCUACCAUAAAGAGUGAUCCGAUUAGACCUGAUAGACAACUUAGUGGUGUUGGAUUUAUGCGUGAGUGUUUGCCUUAGAGGAUUUAAAUUAAAUUAAUUUCAGAUGCAACACAGCCAUGCAAAGUUUGGUGUCAUGUGAGUGGAUCAGAAGUCAUCAGAAACAAAGGGCAACUUCCCAAUGGAUCUCCCUGUGGAGACGAUCAUCAUUGUGUGGGAGGAGUCUGCUUGGUGCGUCUUUGUAAUCAAAUAUGAUGUAUUCAAUUAACUUCUAUUACUGUUUUUUUACAGAAAUUGCGUUGCAAUGGCCGAGCUCUUGUCUCCAGCUUGGCCGAUUGUCCGGAAGAGAGUCCUGCUGUCUUCAAGAAUCCCCCGAAAUGGGAAUCCUGGGGUGAAUGGUCUUCUUGUUCCGUCUCUUGUGGAGAUCAUGGAUUACAAAAACGAUUCAGAGUUUGCAAAUCUGGCGAACAACAAUGCCAAGGGAAGCCGAGUGAACUCCGUGAUUGUACACCUGAACCAGAGCCUUGUGAAAGAUAUUCGGCAUGGAGUGAAUGGUCAAAAUGUUCUGUGACUUGUGGGGACGGAACGCGGAAGAGAACACGGAAAUGCGAAAGUGGAAACAAUUGCACAGAGAAGUUGAUGGAAAUAAAAAAAUGCGCGGAAGUAGGUUCUUAGAGUAUUAUCAUUCAGAAAACAAUAAUAAUCGAUUUGAGAACUCACGGUCUUUUCAAUUUUUAUUAACAGACAAAUUGCAGGAAGAGUGUCCGGCUUGGUCGUCCUGGGAGGAAUGGACGAAAUGCAGCGAAAAAUGUGGCAAAAAAGGGAAAAGGUCGAGAACAAGGACAUGCCGCCAAAAAGAACAUCAGAUCUCUGCAAAACUCUGCAAAGACGAUCAAGAAGAAACUCAGGAAUGUCAAGAACCAGUAAGUCGACGCAAAAAAAACAUCAAAGGACCAGUAUAGCUACUUUUGGAUUUUACGGCGUGGAAAACGAAAGCCAAUCCAGGUGUUUGGCUUGCCUAACGGAAAAAAUUUUUUGGUUGUUAUGCCAACUCAUUGGCUAGCUGGUCAGACAAUUUUGCAAUAUUAGCUAUAAAUACAAAAUUUAUUGAGCCGAUAACCGAUCUGCCCCAAAUGAAAGGUCGCGCUUUAAAUACGCAAACAAAUUUAAUAAUCUCCUUCCAUGUAUUGCUGACUUAUUUGUCAUCAUAUUACGCAACUUAAGGAUUGCGAAGUGCAAAAUGAAUGGGGCCCGUGGCAACGAUGCUCAGUGAGUUGUGGAAUCGGAUUCCAAUUGAGAGAAAGACACUGUAACGGGAAGCCAUGUGGAGGGAAACAAGCAAGAACUUGUAAUGCACAGGAUUGUCUGAAGAUGUCUGAUCAUAUUAUAAUGUCAGAAUGGUCUCUGUGGAGCACUUGUAGUGAAACUUGCGGACAAGGGACACAAUCAAGAAGACGCCGAUGUUUGAAUGGAACCUGUAACGCAAAUGAAUCUGUAUAUGAGGAAAAGAGAUGCGUCCUUCGACCAUGCCCUACGUGGACUGCUUGGGAACCUUGGACAGCAUGCAGUUCAUGCUCAGAAUCAGAAUCGAGGAAAAGAAGUAGAAAAUGUGUAAUUGGAUUAACAUUGUUGGGAGAUGAAGUCAUCGAAAUCGACUCCCAAUUAUGUUCAGGGGAUUCGGAGCAGAAAAUGCCGUGUUCAAAAUAUUGCGAAGGCCAGAAAGAUCCCGGCGAUCCUAUCUUCCCUUUCAAGAAGGCAUUAAGUAAUUGGAUGGAGUGGGAAUCCUGGCAGGAGUGUUCCGUUUCUUGUGGAAAAGGAUUCAGAAAACGGUAAAAAAUAAGAUGGACGAUUAGUAUAAUCAUUUCAGAUCUCGGUUAUGUCGACCAGGAUUUGACUGUAAAAACGAUGGAUUAGACUUUGAGAUAGAAAGUUGUGAAAAAGACUGUAAGGAAUUGGGAGAAUGGAAAGAAUGGAGUGAAUGGACAGCUUGUAGUAAGAGUUGUGGAGGAGGAAGACAGACAAGAACGCGGACUUGCUCACUAAUACUGGUAUUCUUAUGCUCGGGGAACAGUACUGAAGAUAGGAUUUGUAACGAACAACAUUGUGAAAAGGAGAAAAAAAUUGGAUUAAUAAGUAAGAGGCCCUAAUUAGAUAGAAACAUUUUAAAUCAGAACCAGAAUGGAGUGAAUGGAGUGACUGGUCUAAAUGUAGUUGUUUUACAUUGAAGAAGUUCAGAAGGAGAUUCUGUGUGAUCAAGGACCCCUCAAUCCAGGGAUUCUGCAGUGGACCCUUGAUCGAGCAAAAAAGUUGUGAACCGGAGUCAUGUUGUGAGUUAUAUAACUUUGUUGUUUAAAUAUUGAUCAGUAUGUUAUACAAUAAUUGUUUUAGUAGCGGUGUCUGGAGGCUGGUCAGCUUGGAGUGAAUGGAGCUUGUGCUCGAAAGAUUGCGGAGGAAUUGGUCAUCAGAUCAGAAAUAGAAUGUGUUCCCAACCAUUACCUUCCAAUAGAGGUGCUUAUUGUGUUGGCUAUUCCUUUGAUCAACGGACUUGUGACCCUCAAAGAUCUUGCAAGGCUGAUCCCAUUGAUGGAAAUUGGAGUGAAUGGACAGAAUGGAGUACUUGUUCUGACCCCUGUCAAAAUGGGCAGAGAUCCAGGACUAGAUUCUGUACAAAUCCAUCUCCUCAGAAUAAUGGGAAACCGUGCAAUGGGAAUGACUUUGAGUUGCAACCCUGUCUAGAUCUUCAAUUUUGUGGUAAAUGUAAGUCUAAUAAAAAUAAAUUUACAAGGUGCACAUACACGUCCUAACACCUUCAUGGAGAAUAUCAGGCUCCCAAACGCACAUUAACUUUUUAGCUGUAAACGGAGAAUGGUCCCAAUGGGGCCAAUGGUCCGAUUGUUCGGAGUCUUGUGGGUUCUCGUUCAAACGCCGAGAACGACAUUGCUCCGCACCGAUCCCCGAAGGCCAAGGUCGUCCUUGUUCCGGCCUGGCUUACCUCACUUCCGUCUGUCGCACCGCACCCUGUCCCAAAUUAAAUAAAGAAACCGUUGUGGAUGGAGAAUGGUCUGAAUGGAGUUCUUGGUCUGACUGCACCAUGCACUGCGGGCACGGCACUCGUACUAGGUUUCUAUGUUUCUAUAUCUUUAAUCGGUCGUAUCCUCGAAUGACCUUCUUCUUUCAGAGAGAGGAUCUGCUCUAGUCCGAUGGCAGGCGGCUUGCCUUGUUUCGGUCGUUCAGAUCAGAUGGAAUCAUGCUCUUCUUCUACUCCUUCGUUGGAUCUCUGUCCGACAACAAGUAAUCAUACACUGGCGAUGGACAAGUAUCUCAGCGAGACGUUGUCUUCCCUUUGA